GCGAGUCAAGGGAGUUACCUCUACGCUUUUCUAGUUAUGAGAUCGGGCCAUUUUCCAGUCGGCCCUUUUUUAUAUUAAAGGAGUAAACGCAUUGGGAUCAAGAGUAUUUAAAAGGCACCAGUGGACGUUGUCGCCGCUCCGACGUUGAAAUCUCCUGUGCGUGCACAUUUCCUCCGUGUGUUUACUAGUGAUUGAAAGCGUGCCAGCAACGAGGGAAGAGGAGAAGCAAGGAAGGAGGGAUGGUGGACAAUUCCAGUAGCAGCAAGGCACAAAUGCCCAGCAUGUCUCAGGAGGCCAGUGUAGCGAGCGUCUACUCCCAGGGGGGCUCGUACCCCCAGGGGGGCUCCACUGGCGGCAUGAAGCUGGAGGCGGUCAUGGAGCAGCUGCAGCGGCAGCAGCAGGCCCGGCUGGAGAUGGAGCGCAAGGAGAGGCGUCUCCGCGAGGCGCACAUCAUGUACGCCCAGCAGGUCGCCGCGCAGCAGGCCAUCCUGGCCGCCGCCCGCGCGUCGGGGGCCGGCUUCAUGGGCAAGGGGGGCGCCCUGUCGGGGGCCCUGCCCCUCGGGGUGGGGGCCCCGCCGCCCCGGGUGUCCAACCAGAGCAGCGUGGACUCGGAGCGCGAGGACGAGGAGGAGCGGGGGCGGGACUCCAUGGAGGAGGACGAGGAGGAGGAGAUGAUGGAGGCGGACGAGAUCAGCGAGGAGGAGGAGGAGGAGGGGGAGGAGGCGGGGGCACGCGGCGCCAGCGGCCUGGAGUUCCUCCGCAAGCAGACGCUGGCGCUGCAGCAGAGCGCCGUGCGGAGCCUGCCCCCCGUGCGGCCCUUCGUCAGCUACCCCGCCGUGCCCCCCCCCCAGAGGCCGGCAUCGCCCCCCGUGCGGGUGAAGCAGGAGCCCGACGAGAGCCUCUCCCCCGUGGGGCCGCACUCGGCCCCCUCCCCCAACGGGCAGGCGGACUGGAGCUACGACGAGCAGUUCAAACAGAACGGCAGCGCGGGCUGGGCGGACGAGGCGGACAGCAGCCGGGGCCGUGGGGAGGCCUCCAGGGACUUCGCCAAGCUUUACGAGCUGGAUAGCGACCCCAACAGGAAGGACUUCCUGGAUGACCUUUUCACGUUCAUGCAGAAACGAGGAACCCCAGUGAACCGUAUCCCCAUCAUGGCCAAGCAGGUGCUGGACCUGUACAAGCUGUACAAGCUGGUGACGGAGAAGGGCGGCCUGGUGGAGGUGAUCAACAAAAAGAUCUGGAGGGAGAUCACCAAGGGGCUGAACCUACCCACCUCCAUCACCAGCGCCGCCUUCACCCUGCGCACACAGUACAUGAAGUACCUGUACCCGUACGAGUGCGAGCGGAAGGGCCUGAGCUCCCCAGGAGAGCUGCAGGCGGCCAUCGACAGCAACCGGCGCGAGGGCCGGCGCCCAAGCUACAGCAGCAGCCUGUUCCGCUUCUCGCCCUCCCCCAGCACCGCCCCCCACAUCCUCUCCGGCCCCAAGAUGCACUUGUCGGCCCUGGGCAUCGGGGCCUCGGGGGCCCUCAAUGGCCUGCAGUCCUCCGCGGGCCCCUCCCUCAAGAAAGAAGACCUGGCCUCCUCCAUGCUGGGGGUGCGCUCCAACAUGGCGAUGGCGCUGGGCCAGCAGCAGGUAGCCGGCCUGGCCCGCGCGGCCACCCUGGAGCAGCUCCGGGAGAAGCUGGAGACGGGCGGCGGCGAGGGCCCGGAGAGGAAGAUGGCGCGGCUGGCUGAGGAGCAGCAGCGCCUCAUGCAGCAGGCCUUCCAGCACAACCUGCUGGCCAUGGCCUCACAGGUGCCCAUGAACCUGCGGCUGGCAGCGCCCUCAAUCACCACCAGAGGUCCGUCACAUGAAAAGCCGCAGGACAUGUCUCUGAGCAUCUCGACCAACGGGAACGCCAGCAUCACGGUGUCCGUGGAGGUGAACGGCACACUGUACUCAGGGACACUGUUCGCCCAGAAGUCUGGGGGACCCGCGGGGCCAACCCUUUCGGCCUCUCCGGUCUCGGCUCCCGGUCCCGGGCCCAGCUCCGGCUUCGUCUUCUCUGCCCCGACGGCCCAGACACUCAGCCCGGCCUCAUCCUCCUCCUCCUCCUCCAAGGGCCCUUGCUCGGCGCCGGCUGCCGGAGGGUCCCCAUGACUCUGGAGGCCCUACGUACCCGUGGCCCAGGCUUCGGAUCCGGGCGGAGGCCCAGCAUGAAUUUACAGUACAUUGAGAAACCGAUAGGAAUCGACAAACUGUUGCACAAUUACCUCAUCAGCCAGUCGACCUCCUGGCCGUCCCGAACCCAGAGCCUGAGAUCUGGGCUACGACGCCGCGCCCCCAUGUGUACAGCAUCUAACUCAGCUCACGGACACAUACACACACCCAUAGACACACACACACACACACACACACAUAAACACACACACAUACACACACCCAUAGACACAAACACACACGCACACACACACACACACACACACACACACACACACACACACACACACACACACACACACACACACACACACACACACACACACACACACACACACACACACACACACACACACAGUACGCCUACACACAUGUAUUUGUACAUGCUAAACACAAUCAGAGUUCAGCCAUAACCGACUGACAGGUAAACUUACUGAACUUGAAACGUUUUUAUUUUCAGGACAUUUGUUUUGUUUGUUGCCAUUUUGAUGUUUUUAUUUUCUUUUUUUGGAUUUUGUGUUUUUAGAAUUAUUAUUUCAUCUUUUUACAUACCUCAAAUCAUGUUAACCUACAGCGGUUUUCCUCCCUCAGGGGCUGUAGUAUAUUUAACCUGAAUCAACUUUAUUUUUGUAUUCUUUUUUGUUUUUACCUCGCUGCAAUCAGGGGGUAGAGAGAGGCUGCCGGUGGGAACACACGUAUAAUCAACCCCUCCCCCCACCGCAGCCUCCUCCCCCCGCUAUGUAGGAAGAGGGGACAUGAUGCUCGUAAAACCAUGUUGAAUACCUCAUCCCCCCUCCACCCUCCCCUCUCCCCUCCCUCUCCGAGGGGUCACCGCUGUACACAAACCGUUUUCCGGGAAAGAUGCAUGUACCCGAUACUGACCCCCCCGCUUCAGGACUCAUCCGUUCCAUCAGAGAUGAAUGGAAUGGUUGAGUCUAGAAGGCCCCCCCUCCACCCCCAUCCAACCCCAAACCCAUCCAACCCUUCCCUGAAACAAUCACACAAUCUGCCUCAACUGAAUCACACACCAAGUCGCCACCUGAUGAGGCAGCUUCCUGUCCGAAUCAGAGGAACGUCCACAGCAGGUGGAAGACACACACACACACACACACACACACACACACACACACACACACACACACACACACACACACACACACACACACACCCUCUCAGGUUUCUGUUUGCAUCCCUGGGGAGACGGUGUGGAGCGUCUGCUCUCACCGCUACAGGAGCCAAUGAGAAGCCCCGCUCACACACGACCACCCCCACCUCAGCGAAGCCGCAUGACCUCGGACAGUCUAUCCCCCCCCCCGACCCCCGGAGGGGGGCUCCACUCUCAGGGAGCACUGCGGGGGUCCCCCCGAAGGGACCCCACUUUGUCGUUUUGAAAAGAAAAGAAAAACCGAAAAAAAGAAAGAGAAAGGACGGAGAUAUAUAAUGUGAGGAGACUCAUGGCUACGGAAUGCACAAGUCCCUACCGACUGUUGUUCUACGAUUUACCUCAUCAGACUCUCUCGCCGCGGCGGGAGAGAGACCGUACAUACCUCAAACCUCUGAACCUCGCCGCAACGC